AUGUUAACCAUGAGUGUGACACUUUCCCCCCUGAGGUCACAGGACCUGGAUCCCAUGGCUACUGAUGCUUCACCCAUGGCUAUCAACCUGACACCCACUGUGGAGCAGGGUGAGGGAGAAGAGGCGCUGAAGGCCAUGGAUUCUGACCAGCAGUAUGAAAAACCACCCCCACUGCACACAGGGGCCGACUGGAAGAUUGUCCUCCACUUACCAGAAAUUGAGACCUGGCUCCGGAUGACCUCAGAGAGAGUCCGAGACCUAACUUAUUCAGUCCAGCAAGACUCAGAUAGCAAGCAUGUGGACGUGCAUCUAGUUCAACUCAAGGACAUCUGUGAAGAUAUCUCUGAUCAUGUUGAACAAAUCCAUGCCCUCCUAGAAACAGAGUUCUCCCUAAAGCUGCUGUCUUACUCUGUCAACGUGAUUGUGGACAUCCACGCGGUGCAGCUCCUCUGGCACCAGCUCCGAGUCUCGGUGCUGGUUCUGCGGGAGCGCAUUCUGCAAGGUCUGCAGGACGCCAAUGGGAACUACACCAGGCAGACGGACAUUCUGCAAGCUUUCUCUGAAGAGACAAAGGAAGGCCGACUUGAUUCUCUAACGGAAGUGGAUGACUCAGGACAGCUAACUAUCAAAUGCUCUCAAAAUUACUUAUCUCUGGACUGUGGUAUUACUGCUUUUGAACUGUCUGACUACAGUCCAAGUGAGGAUUUGCUCGGUGGCCUGGGUGACAUGACCUCUAGCCAGGCCAAAACCAAACCGUUUGACUCUUGGAGCUACAGUGAGAUGGAAAAGGAGUUCCCGGAGCUUAUCCGAAGUGUUGGGUUGCUUACAGUGGCCACUGAUCCCAUCCCUUCCAACUGCAGUGAAGCAGUUAGCGAGGAGGUGUCUCAAGUAUCUCUUUCAGCAGAUGACAAAGGUGGAUGUGAGGAAAACAACGCUUCCACAGCCAAAGAGCUCCCAGGCCUAACCCCAGGGACAUCAUCUUUAGGGGAAGCUCUGAAAAAUGAUGUUAAACCCUCUUCUGAGACCACAAAGCAAGAAUCCAAUUCCUCCUCCCAUCUUGGUGCAAAGAACCAACAGCCUCUUCCUUGUGAAAAUACAACCCCUAAGCGAUCCAUCAGAGACUGCUUUAAUUAUAAUGAGGACUCUCCCACGCAGCCCACAUUACCAAAGAGAGGGCUUUUCCUUAAAGAGGAGAGUUUUAAGAAUGAUCGGAAAGGCAGUGGUGGAAAGAAGCAGAUGGUUGAUCUAAAGCCCGAGAUGAGCAGAAGCACACCCUCCCUGGUGGACCCUCCAGACAGAUCGAAACUCUGCCUGGUGUUACAGUCUUCCUAUCCCAGCAGCGCUUCAGCUGCCAGCCAGUCAUAUGAGUGUUUGCGCAAGCUGGGUGUUGGAAAUCUUGAAAACACAGUCAAAACUCACAUUAAGGAAAUCUCUUCCAGCCUGGGAAGGCUUAACGACUGCCGUAAAGAGAAACCUCGACUUAAAAAGUCUCGUGAGACCCCAGAAGAGGCCUCUCUUUGCCGAACACCUGAAAAGGGAACUGACUCAGGUAAUCCAGAUGAAAACACAAGAAAGUCAAUAGUGCAGAAUGGAAUUCUUUCUUGUAUUUCCAAGGUUAUAGAGGGGCCAGAAACAGAUUCUGCUUCCACAUCCUCAUUCGAGCCAAGUAAUCAAAGAAGUUGGAAUGCCCAAAUGCCAGUGCAGUUAGAAACAUCCAGUUCACCACCUUGCACUCAAAGCAGCGAAUCGUCUGUUGGCUCAGACUCCAUCAUGUCUCCAUUACCCCUUCUUUCAAAACACAAAAGCAAGAAAAGUUACUCCUCCUCCCCAAGUCACGUUACCAGAAACGGUCAGGUUGUGGAGGCCUGGUAUGGCUCUGACGAAUACCUAGCACUGCCCUCUCACCUUAAGCAGACAGAAGUAUUAGCUUUGAAGUUGGAAAACCUAACAAAGCUUCUGCCUCACAAACCCAGAGGAGAAACCAUUCAGAAUAUUGAUGACUGGGAACUGUCUGAGAUGAAUUCAGAUUCUGAGAUCUACCCAACUUACCAUGUCAAAAAGAAACAUACAAGGCUAGGCAGAGUGUCUCCAAGCUCAUCCAGUGACAUAGCCUCUUCACUGGGGGAGAGUGUUGAAUCUGGGCCCUUGAGUGACAUUCUUUCUGAUGAGGACCUAUGUCUGCCUCUCUCUGGCAUGAAAAAAUACAAUGAUGAGAAGUCAGAGAGGACUUCUUCUUCGGAGAAAAAUGAGAGCCAUUCUGCCACGAAAUCAGCUUUAAUUCAAAAACUCAUGCAAGAUAUUCAACACCAAGAUAACUAUGAAGCCAUAUGGGAAAAAAUAGAGGGGUUUGUUAACAAGCUGGAUGAAUUCAUUCAAUGGUUAAAUGAAGCCAUGGAAACCACUGAGAAUUGGACUCCUCCGAGAGCAGAGACGGAUAGCCUGAAACUGUACCUGGAGACACACUUGAGUUUUAAGUUGAAUGUAGACAGUCACUGUGCUCUCAAGGAAGCUGUGGAGGAGGAAGGACACCAACUUCUCGAGCUUUUUGCAUCUCACAAAGCAGGACUGAAGGACAUGCUGCGGAUGAUUGCAAGUCAAUGGAAGGAGCUGCAGAGGCAAAUCAAACGGCAGCACAGCUGGAUUCUCAGGGCUCUGGAUACCAUCAAAGCUGAGAUACUGGCUACUGAUGUGUCUGUGGAGGAUGAGGAAGGGACUGGAAGCCCCAAGGCUGAGGUUCAGCUAUGCUACCUGGAAGCACAAAGAGAUGCUGUUGAGCAGAUGUCCCUCAAGCUGUACAGUGAGCAGUACACCAGCAGCAGCAAGAGAAAAGAAGAGUUUGCUGAUAUGUCAAAAGUUCAUUCUGUGGGAAGUAAUGGGCUUCUGGACUUUGAUUCAGAAUAUCAGGAGCUCUGGGAUUGGCUGAUUGACAUGGAGUCCCUCGUGAUGGACAGCCACGACCUGAUGAUGUCAGAGGAGCAGCAGCAGCAUCUUUACAAGCGAUACAGUGUGGAAAUGUCCAUCAGGCACCCAAAAAAGACAGAGCUGCUUACUAAGGUUGAAGCUUUGAAGAAAGGUGGCGUUUUACUGCCAAAUGAUCUCCUUGAAAAAGUGGAUUCAAUUAAUGAAAAAUGGGAACUGCUUGGGAAAACCCUAGGAGAGAAGAUCCAGGACACAAUGGCAGGGCACAGUGGGUCGAGUCCACGUGACCUGCUCUCUCCUGAAAGCGGAAGCCUGGUAAGGCAGCUGGAGGUCAGGAUCAAAGAGCUAAAAGGGUGGCUAAGAGAUACAGAGCUUUUCAUCUUCAAUUCCUGCCUGAGACAAGAAAAAGAAGGAACAAUGAAUGCGGAGAAACAACUGCAAUACUUUAAGUCCCUCUGCAAUGAAAUCAAGCAGCGACGUCGUGGAGUAGCCUCCAUUCUGCGAUUAUGCCAGCAUCUUCUGGAUGACCGAGAGACCUGUAAUCUGAACGCAGACCACCAGCCCAUGCAGCUGAUCAUUGUAAAUCUUGAAAGAAGAUGGGAAGCCAUUGUCAUGCAAGCUGUCCAGUGGCAAACGCGGCUACAAAAGAAGUUGGGAAAGGAGUCUGAGACUUUGAAUGUGAUUGAUCCUGGCUUGAUGGACCUAAACGGGACAAGUGAGGAUGCUCUGGAAUGGGAUGAAACUGACAUAAGUAAUAAAUUAAUUAGUUUGAAUGAAGAAUCAAAUGACCUUGAUCAAGAACACCAAUCUGUCAUGCCUUCCAUGAACCUUGAAGAGACAGGGAGUGAGGACCCUGGUUAUGAAGAGGAGGAAGGUGAUCUUGGGGGAUCUCACUAUGCCUCAAGUAUUACUGCCCCCUCCAGUCCACACAUUUACCAAGUGUACAGCCUCCACAAUGUAGAACUCUAUGAGGACAACCACGUGCCCUUUCUGAAAAACAAUCCAAAGUUCGCCAGCAUGACACAGCCUAGUGUUUUAACUAAGAGUCUCAGUAAAGACUCUUCAUUUUCAUCUACCAAAUCACUGCCAGAUCUUCUAGGGGGAACCAAUUUGGUGAAGCCCUGCCCAUGCCAUGGAGGGGACAUGAGCCAGAAUUCAGGCAGUGAGAGUGGAAUCGUCAGUGAAGGAGACACUGAAACCACUACUAACUCUGAAAUGUGCUUGCUCAAUGCAGUGGAUGGGUCCUCAAGUAACCCUGAAACCGAACAUCUGGACCCACAAGUAGGAGAUGCAGUUAACGCGGUAACUCAAAAAUUUAAAGAUGAGGAGGAACUUCCAAAUAGCUCUCAGUCAUCCAUUUCACCAGUGAGUUGUGUAAAUGGAAAAGUUGGAGAUUUAAGCAGUGUUACCAAACAUACCCCUGAUUGUUUGGGAGAAGAAUUACAAGGAAAACAUGAUGUGUUUACAUUUUAUGAUUACUCAUACCUCCAAGGCUCAAAACUCAAAUUACCAAUGAUAAUGAAACAGUCACAAAGUGAAAAAGCAAAUGUGGAGGAUCCUCUGCUUCAUGGUUUUUAUUUUGAUAAAAAAUCCUGCAAAUCUAAAUAUCAGGGUACAGAGUUACAACCAGAUGCACCUCCCCAUGAAAGGCUUUUGGCAAGUGCGUCCCAUGACAUGGAUCGCAAUUCAUAUAAAAGUGGUGAUGUAGAGAAGACAUUCACUGGCAUGCAGAAUGCCAAACCACUUUCUCUUUUAUCUCAUAGUUCAUCCAUCGAGUCGCUUUCUCCAGGGGGUGACUUAUUUGCAUUGGGCACCUUUAAAAAUGGCAGUGACAGCCUCCAGCGAAGCACUUCUUUAGAAAGUUGGUUGACAUCCUAUAAAAGCAAUGAAGAUCUUUUUAGCUGUCACAGCUCUGGGAACAUAAGUGCCAGCAGUGGCUCGGUUGGUGAACUGAGCAAAAGGACAUUAGAUCUCCUGAAUCGUUUGGAGAAUAUCCAGAGCCCCUCAGAGCAAAAGAUAAAGCGAAGUGUUUCUGAUAUUACUCUCCAAAGCAGUUCCCAAAAGAUGUCCUUUACUGGCCAGCUGUCAUUGGACAUAGCAUCUUCUAUCAAUGAAGACUCGGCGGCAUCUCUUACAGAACUUAGCAGCAGUGAUGAGCUCUCUCUUUGCUCAGAGGAUAUCGUGUUACACAAGAACAAGAUCCCGGAAUCGAAUGCAUCUUUCAGAAAGCGCUUGACUCAUUCAGUGGCUGAUGAAAGCGACGUCAAUGUCAGCAUGAUCGUUAAUGUCUCUUGCACCUCUGCUUGCACUGAUGAUGAAGAUGACAGCGAUCUCCUCUCCAGCUCUACGCUCACCUUGACGGAAGAAGAGCUAUGCAUCAAAGAUGAGGAUGAUGACUCCAGUAUUGCAACAGAUGAUGAAAUUUAUGAAGAUUGCAACUUGAUGUCAGGGCUGGACUAUAUAAAGAAUGAACUGCAGACCUGGAUUAGGCCAAAGUUAUCCCUGACAAGAGAUAAGAGAAGGUGCACUCUGAGUGAUGAAAUAAAGAGCAGUAAAGAUGUAAGUAGUAGCAAGAUGACCAAUCCCUCUGAUACCCUGAACAUUGAGGCCCUUCUAAAUGGCUCCAUGAAAAGUCUCUCUGAAAAUAAUGGAAAUGGUAAGAAUUUAUCCCAUACCCAUGAGUUAGGGACAAAGGGUGAAAAUAAGAAAAAUAUUUUCAAAGUUAACAAGGAUCCAUAUGUGGCUGACAUGGAGAACGGUAAUAUUGAGAGUACUUCAGAAAGGAAGAAGGACAAACUGGAUGGUAUUUCAAAGGUAUCAGAAAAUCUUGGUUCAGCUGGGAAAAAGAUUUCAGAGAGUGAACUUUGUAAGUGUAAAGCAUUUAUAGGUAGCUCAGAUGAUACAAAUACUGCUGGAAAGGAAUUUGUUCCCCAAACUGUUAGACAUCUUUCAAAGAAAUGUCAAAACCACAAUUUGGAAAAUCAAAGUGUUACUUCGGUUUCCACUGAGAAGUCUUGCCCAGAACUCCCUUCAGAAACCAGAGUUAUCAAUAGACAAGACUCUGAUGUGCUGAAAUCUUCAUCUGUUGAUACACCAAGUAUGGGUGGAAAAUCUGCCGGUUGUUGCCCAGCACUUGAAGAAAAUGAAACAGAGGAAAAUGCUGCUAUCAGCGACAACAUUUCCUGUUGCAACUGUGAGCCAGAUGUUUUCCAUCAAAAAGAUGCUGAAGACUGCUCAGUACACGACUUUGUUAAGGAAAUCAUUGACAUGGCUUCAACAGCCCUAAAAAGUAAAUCUCAACCUGAAAAUGAGGCAACUACUCCUACUUCAUUAACUCAAAUCAAGGAGAAAGUGUUGGAACAUUCUCACCGGCCCAUCCAGCUGAGAAAAGGGGACUUUUAUUCCUACUUAUCUCUCUCAUCUCAUGACAGCGACUGUGGGGAGGUCACCAAUUACAUAGAAGAGAAGAGCCAUACUCCAUUGCCUCUGGACACUGCUGACUCUGGUUUAGAUGACAAGGAAGACAUUGAAUGCUUCUUUGAGGCCUGUGUAGAGGAUGACCCUGAUGGAGAGGAGCCCUGUUUUGCUAGUGCUCCUCCAAGUGAACCUGCAGUUCCUGAUGAAGCUGCAGUGUCACUACAAGCCAAUGAUGCAGAUAUGGUGGCUCUUUCAAGCCCUCCACCUCAGAAAGGAUCUGAUGUGGGAAAGGAAGUGGAUGGUCCUCCCCAAACUUCUAGUGGCUGUGAAGAAACUUCAGAGUUAACAACUCCCUCAAGGCUGGGCAGUGAAAAGGAGAGCCUAGGAAACCUAGGUGGAUCUGGAAUGCCAGAGUACAAUGCUGCUUCAGCCAAAUCUAUAGCUCCAGGCCUUUCCUUGAAGGCAAAGCAGCCAAAACAAAAGGCUGCAUUGCAUCCCAGUCCCACAACUUUAGCCUGUGAGGAAAAUCUUCUAAACCUUCAUGAAAAAAGACACAGAAAUAUGCAUAGGUAGAAUGUAACC